AUGGAAACAGAUGAGGCUCAAGAUAUGUCCCAGGUUUCAGGAAAGGAAAGUCCUCCAAUUAGUGAUGUCCCAGAUGAUGCAGAUGAACCAAUGCCUGUACCAGAAGACCUUUCAACUAGUACUGGAGGACAACAGAGUGUUAAGAAUGAGAGAGUCUUGGCCGGUAAUAUUAAAAUAGAGACUCAGAGUGAUGAAGAGAAUGGGCGUGCCUGUGAAAUGAAUGGGGAAGAAUGUGCGGAGGAUUUACGAAUGCUUGAUACCUCGGGAGAGAAAAUGAAUGGCUCACACAAUGGCCCAGGCAGCAAGGCUAUGUCAGGAGUUGGAGGCAUUCGACUUCCUAACGGAAAGCUAAAAUGUGAUAUCUGUGGGAUAAUUUGCAUCGGUCCCAAUGUGCUCAUGGUUCACAAACGAAGCCACACUGUCUCAAAGAGUGCAAAAGAUGAAGAGGCUGAAACAAAUGAAGAAGUAAAGACCAGG